AUACCAAAUAUGUACAUCUGUUCAAACAAUUCCAAAUUAGCCAGCAGUUCAAUUUCUCUCAUUUUCCAAUUUAUUACUAAUUUAUUUUUCUCUGCAACCCAUCGUAAACCCGCAAAAAAUGCGGAAAAUUUUUUCAAAAUCUAGUUUUUUCUUUAUUGUUAUUUUAGGAUUUUGUAUAUUAAUUUAUCUACUAAUUUUGCGACAAAAAUUUUUAUCUGAAAAUUUGGAAAAUCCAGAAGAAAUCAUGCUGAAUGGAAUCAAGUUGGCGGACCUCAAAAUCGGCCCAGUAGAUAUGCCACCACUAGAUCACCGCCAGACAGUCCAACUUUCCAUGUUCACAGUCAAAACUCGACGUGGAAUCGGCCAAAUUUUGUUCGAAUUGGCCGCACUUUUUGGGAUAUCAAGGAAACUUGGCAGAGUGCCAGUUUUGAAUCGAUUACAGGAACCAUUGAUCGGAGAAACUAUGGGGAAAAUGAUUAGUGGAGGUUUUCCGCUUUUUGCUGCGAAUUUCGAGGAAAGGGAUGUUGAACCUUCAUCUGUAUUUCCAGUCAACUUAAAUAUUCGGUUCUGCUGUAAAUACGAGGAUCCCACAGUGCUGAAAGCUGUGUUUGAGCAAAAUUUAUUGAUUAAUGGUGUCUAUUUUCAAAGCUUUAAAUAUUUCGACGAUUAUCGAUCUCAAAUCCGCGCGGCGUUGACUCCACAUCCAUCAAGUGCGAUUAGAGCGGAACUACUGAUCCCAGAAGAGUUCCGGAAGGACUUUUUAAUAUGUGUUCAUACCAAGCAAACCCAGUUAGGGGAUCCGAAACUUUCGAGCCCGUCGGAUCCAUUUUUUACACGGAGCGCCACAGAUUAUUUGGUGCAAAAAUACAAAUCCAGCGGCAAACAGGUUACUGUAGCAAUUCUUGGGAACGAUCCAAUUUGGGCGCAAAAUUUGUUUCACGAUAAAAUUGGAAAAUCCAACUAUUUUUCCAAGUUCAACAACUCUUCCGAUGCGAUAUUUUCGAAAAAUUCACCAGAAUAUACGGCUCUUCUGACACUUGGCAUGUCGCCAACCGAUGACGUGGCAUUUUCCCGCAACUUCUGUGACGUCAUCAUGUUGUCGGCUCCGACGAGCUCGUUCGGUUGGUGGCUGGCGUAUCUAGCGAAAGAGUCGGCUGAAAUUUAUUAUAGGGAUCCCAAAGAAGUUAGCGACCAAAUCUUCGCCGAAAUGCGUCAAAUCGAUUAUUAUUCCAAUUCCUGGAAUAAGUUGAGAAGCGCACAGCUGCAGAAGACAUUUCCCGAGAAUAUUGAUUAAUUUUGCCAUUUUUUUUGUGUAAAAAGCGAUUAAAAUAAACUUGAUUCUUAAAGUUC